AUGACGACGCGAGCGCUCGUGAAAUCGUGCGCGAGCGCGUCGGGAGAGGUGUAUCUGGUGACGGGCGCGGCGGGGUUCGUGGGAUCGAACGUGGCGACGGCGCUGAAGCGACGAGGCGCGGGCGUCGUGGGACUGGAUAACGUGAACGAUUAUUACCCGCGCGGAUUGAAGCGGAGUCGAAUGGGGAAGUUGAGCGAGAUCGGUGUGCACGUGGUGGAGGCGGAUCUGAACGAUGCGGUGACGGUGCGGAAGAUUUUGGAGACGUGCGAGGUGACGACGGUGGUGCACCUGGCGGCGCAGGCGGGGGUGAGAUACGCGGUGAAAAAUCCGGGGGCGUACGUGCACUCCAACGUCGCCGGGUUCGUGACGCUGAUGGAAGAGAUCGUUCACAUGAAACGCAUGCCAAAAGUCAUCUUCGCCUCGUCGUCGAGCGUGUACGGGUUGAAUACCAAGGUGCCGUUUAGCGAAACCGACGUCACGGAUUCCCCGGCGUCCUUGUACGCGGCGACGAAGAAAGCGGACGAACUGCUCGCGCACACGUACAACCACAUUCACGGCGUGGCGUUGACGGCGUUGAGAUUUUUCACGGUUUACGGGCCGUACGGGCGCCCGGACAUGGCGUACUUCUCCUUCGCGAACAACAUCAUGCAAGACAAGCCGAUCAAAAUUUUCAAAGGCCCGGAUGGGGGCGAGCUCGCUCGCGAUUUCACCUACAUCGACGACGUCGUUCGAGGGACGAUCGCGGCGUGUGACACGAGCGAGAAGAGCGGGAAAAACUCCGACGGUUCCAAGCCGCCGUUCCGGGUAUACAACCUAGGAAACACCAAACCGGUGACGGUGAGCGACUUCGUGUCGUCGCUCGAAAAGGCGCUCGGUAAGACCGCCAAGCGAAACUACGUCCCGAUGCCGAAAACCGGCGACGUCCCGUUCACGCACGCCGACAUUUCGGCGGCCAAGCGAGACUUGGGAUACAAUCCCACCGUCGGCCUGGACGAGGGCUUGCAAAACUUUGUGCGCUGGUACACGAAGUACUACGAAAACGGCGCGCACAGGGAGGACACGCAUUACGUUCCGAUGUGA